AUGGAUAUCUUUACACUAGCCAACAGAAGCAAUGAAUUCAGCUUAAGACUCUAUAAGCUCUUGGCUGCCCAGAGUCCUGAGUCCAACAUCAUCAUCUCCCCGAUCAGCAUCUCCAUGGCCCUGGCCUUUUUGGCACUGGGGGCUGGUGGCGACACUAAGACCGAGAUCCUACAGAGCCUCAAGUUCAACCUCACCAAGACCCCUGAGGCCAAGAUCCAUCAGAGCUUCCAGCUGGUUGGGAGACUCCUGCGCAUGACAAACACCAACCUGAAGCAGGACUUGAGCACCGCGUUAUUUGUGGACCAGCAGCUAGUGCUGAAGAAGGAUUUCCAGCAAAAAGCCCAGCAACUGUACAGUGCCAAUACCACCUCUGUAAACUUCCAGGAUAUCACCGCCACCAAGAAGCUUAUCAAUAAUUUUGUGGAGCAGAAAACCCACGGGAAAAUCAAGGAUGUGGUCAAGUACCUGGAUACACAUACCAGGAUGGUCUUGGUGAAUUCUCUCUUCUUCAAUGCCAAAUGGAAAAUGCCCUUUGACCCCAAUUACAACUUCAAUUCAACUUUCUACUUGAGCACGAAAAAGUGGGUGAAUGUAACCGCAAUGAGAGCUGAGAAGAAGAAGAUACUCUACUUCUGGGAUAAUAGGUACUCUCUCAAUAUUGUGCUGCUCCCAUACAAGGAUGGCCGAAUCAGUAUGUUCCUCAUCCUCCCUAACAAUGGCGCCAUGCCCAAGCUGGAGGCUGAACUGAACAUGGAUCUGAUCUAUUUCUGGAAGAACUCGAUGAGGCUGAGGCUGAUGAGUUUGUACGUGCCCAAGCUCUCCGUCUCCAGGGGCUACAACCUGGAGCAAGUCCUGCCCAUGCUGGGCACCAUCGAGUUCUUCUCCCAAGUGGCGAAUUUCUCAGGCCUCUCCACUGCCAGGAACCAGGGUCUAAUCCAGGUGGUCCACAAGGCCGUGUUGGAUGUGGCCGAAAAAGGCACUGAAGAAGCGCCUUCCCAGAGAAAGUCCAAAGUUCCUCCUCCAAGACUAUUGCGGCAGACUCUGGAUUUUUCCAGGCCAUUCAUGGUGAUCGUCUUCUCUGAGAUCACAAAUAACAUCCUUUUACUGGGCAAAGUCGUAAACCCCAAGCAGGCCUGA